ACGAUAAAAAGAGAAAGAGAAACGAAACACGCGCGCGGCCCGACAUUCGUUCAGAUCCAUUAGGUAAUGAUAAUUCUAAGGCCCAUGACACAGCACAAAAAAUACAAAAACGGUGAAGCAGAUCAAACGACCGUAGUGUUUCCGUGCAAGGUGUGCGGCAAAAUCUACAUUCGAAAAUCGUCCAUGUAUACCCAUCUGCGGUUGUGCGGCCAGGAGCCCAAGUACACCUGCGUUCUCUGCGGCAAGAAGUUCAAGUACAAACACAGGCUGCAGUCACAUCUAACGUCGAACGUGCACAUGCCUCGGCCACGAUGACGAUAAGUCGACGAUUCGCAAAAGAUGCCUCGAGAUUUCAUUCGAAGAUUGUAAAGUGUCAUUUACAAUAUUCACUAGCAGUAUCAAUAAAGAAACGGUUUUAUUUCUCCAGUGAAAGUGGUCUUUUGCUGAAUCCCACACGCCGUGAAUGUUUGAAGAGCAUAUUAACACGCAAAUCGAUCGCAAUUAUAUCGGUUGGAUAAGCAAGGCCCGGUCGUCGCUUUGCAUCGUUUUCGAAUGUUCUCCAACCGGUUCGGUGUGAACGUACCAUGUUUCAGGAUAAGCAUAAGCAGCUCGGAUACUCCUUGCUCACGUGGAAACACCGUGCAAGUUUCAUUCGCAUAUAACGAGAAUAAUUUCCCAAUACGAGCUCUCUUUCUCUCUAACUUUGCCUAACGCUUGCUUAGCGCGCCCGAACAUAAAUUUUGCGACUACCGAUGUAUCGUCAAAUGAAUGACCGAAUUAUGAUACAGGGAGUCACAGCGAUAAAGCUGGCGAAAAAUAUCAAUUUAAAGAACGAACACACAUGUGCAACUUUCUCGUCUCAAAGCGUCUUUCUUUCGCGAGGAACAAAUCAAUCACGCGUAUACAGAUGCGAUUAGGAUCGCGUGACGCGUCGUAGCUCGCGCUAAUCAUCCUUCGAGAUAUGAGCGUGGAAAGUUGAUAGGGUGAAUUGGUAGUAUAAAAGAUCGCACUCCCCAACUUCCGGUAUUAAAUGUUACGAAAAUCUUUUUUC